GCGGAGGAGCGCUCUAUCCAGUCAGUAUAAACUGGGAUGGUUAGCUGAUGAUUGACAAUACUGUAAUAAAUCUUUUCGAGACAUCUCUGCAUCACUUUACAAGUUUUUAUCAUGGCCAAACAGUCUGAUGACAUCCCCUUGGUAAUGGGUUACAACUUCAACGACCACCACCACCACCACCACUAUACUUUUCAGCAUUAUUCAGAAACUAGUCCAGACAGGAUCUAUAUGGACUACAAUGCCACUACUCCAAUGGAACCAGAGGUGAUUCAGGUCAUCACAGAAGCCCUGCAGGAUGCCUGGGGGAACCCUAGUAGCAACUAUAUAGCAGGUGCUAAGGCAAAGGCAAUGAUCAGUAAGUCCAGAGAAAGUGUGGCGAGAAUGGUUGGAGGUAGAGCAGAGGACAUCAUUUUCACAUCAGGUGGCACAGAGGCCAACAAUCUGGUGCUCAACACAGCAGUGGAAUACUUCAGGAGAAAUUACAAGGCUGCAGAGCAAGGAGAAGGGCACCAUAAUGGAACCAAAGCCUGCCUUCCUCACAUUAUCACUUCUAAUGUGGAGCAUGACUCAGUCAAACUAGUAGCUGAGCACCUGCAGAAAAAUGGCAAGGCAGAGGUGACGUUUGUGCCUGUGUCCAGGGUGACAGCUCGUGUAGAUGUGGAAGAUAUUAUUGCUGCUGUGCGUCCCAACACUUGUCUCAUCUCUGUCAUGCUUGCCAACAAUGAGACAGGAGUUAUCAUGCCUCUCCAAGAGAUCUGCCAGAGAGUCAAGUCUCUAAACAAGCAGCAUGAGCGAUUUCGGAUCCUGGUGCACACUGAUGCUGCUCAGGCUCUGGGAAAAAUCCAAGUAGAUGUCUGUGAACUGGGAGUGGAUUAUCUCACCAUAGUGGGGCACAAGUUCUAUGCUCCUCGGAUUGGUGCUCUGUAUGUAAAUGGCCCAGGAACAAAAACACCACUGUUCCCGAUGCUGUUUGGAGGAGGACAGGAGAGAAACUUCAGACCAGGCACAGAAAACACACCUAUGAUUGCCGGUCUUGGAAAGGCUGCAGAGCUGGUGAUCUCUAAUCUGUCAGAUUACAAGAGUCACAUGCAAAGUACCAAAAUUUACUUAGAAGAACGACUGCAGGCCGUCUUCGAAGACAAAAUCCGCUUUAACAGUCAUUAUCCUGGCUCUGAUACCCUCCCUAACACAUGUAACGUGUCCAUCCUGGGCCCAGGAUUACAAGGCUGGAAGGUAUUAUACAACUGUGAGAGGCUGUUGGCUAGUGUGGGCGCCGCCUGCCAUUCGGACAAUGGGCAUCGGCCCUCCCAUAUCCUCCUGAGCUGCGGGGUCCCGUCAGAGGUGGCAGCAAACGCCCUGAGGUUGAGCGUAGGCAGGGGGACGACUAAAGCAGAUGUGGAUGCAGUGGUGGAAGAUCUGAGAGAGACGGUACAGCUGCUGGAAGAGGCACGACGCUGAUGGCAUGAACAUUUAUCCAGCAGGUCAAACGAGGAUGUACAGAAUUAAAAGCACAUCUGUGAUUAUUGUAACAUUAACAGAGUGUGUAAAAUGGAUGAAAUAUUUAAUAUAAGCAAUAAAAAGGGAGAACUAGAGGUGACCUGAUGAGCGAUGUUAUGGAGAGAUGAAUGUGCUCAGCUUUCAUCAAGUCAUAUGAGUAGCUAAUCAGCUAAUUAAAGUCAAGGGACUUGAUGAUUACAUACACUUUAUAUAUUUUUAUAACACUACUGUAAAUGUUCUGUCAAAUUUCUGAUUUUGCAGAUUUAUCAGCUGUUAUAUCAUGCCCAUUGAGAGAAAUAUGUUCAACAGUUGUAAAAAAUAACACUCAUUGUAAUGCA